AUGAACACUUUGGAGAGUCGAAGGUCUCAUUUAGAAGAUUUGGAAGUUAUCGAACAGUCUAUAGCUUCAAGGUUUGAGAGAAAUCCUGGGCUUUAUUAUGGCUAUUUACAGAAGAGAGCGCUGAUCGAUGAUAUACCGUUGAGUUCAUCGAUAACAAACGCAUACAAUGCCAACAGAAUUUACAAGGCUAAAAGAUCGAAACGGAACAGAAAGCAGUUUGUACUGCAGCAACAUGAGAUUGAUCUUUUUCUUCAAGAGUCUAUGCGAAAGCUAAGGGAUUUAGGAUCUCUUAAAGGGCCGGUCAACACGCAUUCCCUGAGAGAUGAAGAAGCCACAUUUGAGAUCUUCAAGCAGAACUUGGAGGAAAUAAAGGACAAAUACAAGGAUUUAGGGUCAGACUCUUUGUUUUCAGAUGUCAAUGAGGAAAUUUCGAAGCACGCCAUGUUUUCAGCUUUGACGACAGACUCAAAACCGGUCACAAUCCUAUCAAGAAGUGCCAAGAAUCUACGACUAAAUGAUGUCUUUAGUAGGGAAGAACAAUACGGGGAGUACUUGGAUUUGGAUAGGUUCCAUUCAUCAUGGUUGAACGUCAUUCGUAGUACCGAAUGCACAUUGUUGCAGUUUUACAGUAUUCUGGAAAAAUUCCUAGAUGAUCGACAAUAUAUACUUGCACCUCCAAUGGACAGAAAGAAUGGUAGGUACGCUGAAUUUUUGGUUGAGAUUAGUAAUUACUUGGAGAAAUUCUUCCAAAAAGCCAAUGUUCUUUUAAACCACACCAAAUUGGAGAGAAGAAUUCAGUCCGAGUUCAGCAGGUCGCUAGCCACUCCUUUACACACCGGGGGAAAAGGGUUUUACUGCAUUGCAUGCUGUAAAUGGUUUAAGGUUCCCACCGUUUUCGACAGCCACUUGACUGGAAAACACCAUAAGAAUAAUCUGAGUAAGAGAAGCAAACAUCUUCAAGCUGAGUAUAAGCUUCAUAGGUAUCUCACACUUCUUUCAGAGGAGUUCAGACGAACAAGGGAAUUUACUGAACGAAAGGUGGCUUUUACUGCGGAAGAGAGGAUGCAAGAAAUGGCCAGGUUGAAUCACGACUACCAUGCACCAGACUACGGACCAGAUGAAAAAGAGCAAGAAGAUCCGGAUUCAAAUAAAGCUGAAUUAGAUAAGAACUCAGCCCUUGGAGGCUCCUUCGAUUUGCCUUUGGGUGCAGACGGACUGCCGAUACCCUAUUGGCUUUACAAGCUCCAAGGGCUUGACGUCGAAUACUCUUGCGAAAUUUGCACCAACCAGACUUACAAAGGUCGCCGCGCCUUCGAGAAGCAUUUCCUCGAGCCCACGCAUACGUUCCAUCUCAAAUGUCUGGGCAUUGAGCCCUCUAUAACUUUCAAGGGCAUUACGGGCAUCCAAGAAGCCCAGGACCUAUGGCGCCAGACCUCCUCCAGAAAUCGUCCCCAAACACAGAAGAAGAUAGAUCUAGAGGUGGAGGACCAAGAGGGCAAUGUCCUGACACAGAAAGUCUACCAAGAACUCAAGAAGCAGGGCCUUGUAUAG